AUACUUAUCAAACGAGUAAUUACAUUAAGGUAAUGGUGACGUAACAAAUAAAUAUAGGUAGUGAAAAAAAAAAUUACCUUUUCAUUUCUUAAUGUUGCUAUUAGGCGUGUCAUCGUGUUUCAAUGAUGAGAAAAAUUAUUAUUUUUCUUUGUUUCGCGUGGUUUGACAGUGGUUGUAAUUAUAAGUUAAAUUGUAAAGUGUACCCCCUACAUUUGAUCCACUACAAUGAUUUUCAUGCAAGGUUUGAAGAAACGUCCGAUGACUCGUUGCUCUGUGACCAUAAUAAAGAAAAGUGUUAUGGUGGUCUACCUCGCCUUCUCUAUGAGAUAGAGGCGAUACGACGACAGCACCCCGAUUCUGUUCUUCUGGAUGCAGGAGACAGCUUCCAGGGCACUUAUUGGUACACACUGCUUAAAUGGAAUGCAACACAGUAUUUUCUAAAUUUGUUGAAUAAUGAUGCGCAUGCUAUCGGAAACCACGAGUUCGACGAUGACAUUGAUGGCCUAGCGCCAUAUUUAGCCAAUUUGAAAGCCCCGGCGUUGGCUGCUAACCUAGACGCUUCAGAAGAACCCAUACUCAAAGGGUUGUUCAAGUCAUACACAAUUAUAGAUAGAAAAGGAAAGAAGAUUGGAAUCGUUGGAGUGACUACCACAGCUACUAAGGGUCUAGCACCAACCGGCAAUGUGAAGUUCACUGACCCCCGUGAGGCAGCGCUCCGGGAAUCGAAGAACCUUCGUGACAUGGGAGUGGAUGUAAUCAUACUCCUAUCACACUGUGGGUACACACUCGAUGUGGAAAUAGCACGAGAUUAUGGCCAGUAUAUUGAUUUGGUUGUGGGUGGACAUUCACAUAGAGACAAGACGAUAAUGUUUCCUUACCUCACUGUCGUCAAAAGCAAAAGUGAUAAUAAUCAUCAGGUGUUAGUCCUCCAGACGGAUGCGUUCACUAAAUUCCUUGGAAACAUUACAAUUAAUUUUAAUUGUAUCGGCGAUAUUCUUAAUUGGUAUGGAGAGCCCAUUGCUUUGGACAACUCUAUACCUGAAGACGAAAACCUUAAGAACAAACUGGCUUCCUACGCCGAACAAGUACAUACAGCUGCAGCCAAGGUUAUUGGACACAUAGACAAAACCAUGGAUCAUAGAGAUUGCGUUCACGGUGAAUGUUUGAUGGGAAAUUUCUUGACUGAUAUGAUGAGGUAUACGGCGCAAAUAAAAAUAAACACUCGCUAUCCUAUCAUUGCACUAAUACAAAGAAGCAAUAUGAGAGCUAUUAUACGUAAAGGUGAAUUAACUGAAGGUUCUAUAGUUGAAUUAUUUCCAUAUUUGGAUCUGCUGACUAGCUUUGAAUUACAAGGAAAGUACCUUUACGAAGCCUUAGAACGGUCAGCAAGUGAUUUGAUGAAAGGCGAGCGUUUUACGGGACCCUGGCUUUUACAGGUUUCAGGACUUCAAGUAACAUACAACAUAUCUCGGCCAGUGGGUAAUAGGGUGGCUUCGGCGUAUGUUAAGAAAAAGUUCUCAACGGUACCUUUGGACAAGGAUCAAAUAUACCAAAUUGUAGCACCCAUAUAUUUAACUGAUGGAGGAGAUGGAUAUACGAUGAUCUCGGAUAACGUGAAAAAUCCAGAAAUUCUCGGUUACGAUCAACAUCGCUUGAGGGAAUAUAUCAAAGCAUACAAGUCUAUAAAUGUAAAAAUAGAAGGAAGAAUUUUGAUUAGCUAGCUAUGAGCAUUGUCAGAUGAAGAAAUAGUAAAAGUGCCGUGGCUUUUCUACAGAUAGAUUCAAAGAUCUUCAAGUAUCGAAAUAUCAAGAAUUUGCUAAUUACCAACAUAAUUAAAUUUAUUAUAAAGUACCUAGUUAAUAGCUUUAACGCGGAUUAACCGUUUUUGAUGGAUUUGGUUUAGUUUUGUAAGGCACAAAAAGUGCGAUAACAAACAUUCUUUCGAAUUUAUAGGUUUAUGUAGUGUAGUUUAUGAGGUAAAUCAUAAACUCAACCAAUAAUAAUUCCUUUAAUUUAUUUAUUCAUUGUAUUUCAUAAGUAGUAUCAAAUUGGUAAAAAAAUAUUGUAAAUUAUGUAAAUAAUAAAUGAAUAACGUUCUA